AUGGCAAUAAAAGAGGACGGAUUGUCACAAAGAUGGGAGAGUUUCCAUCUCACUGAAGGUGAGAAUGACGUGAUCCAAAUUUCAGAAGAUACAAUUAAAGGUUCAAAUACAAGAGGAGAACACUGCUUGAUGGCUCUUCUUGUAUAUGAAAAAGGCUAUAAUAGAGAUGCCUUUAAGGCUACUAUGUCAAAAGUAUGGAGGUUGCAGGGAUGCGUGGUUUUCAAAGAAGUUGGUGAUAAUAGAUUCAUCAUGGACUUCCAAUAUCAAGUUGAUAAGGACAAGGUGCUACAUGGCAGGCCUUGGUUUUUUAAUUGUGCACUUAUGGUGAUCCAGGCUUUUGAUGGUGGGAUGACAAUUAAGGAUAUACCUUUCUCUCAUGAGCCUUUUUGGGUGCAAAUUUAUAAUUUACCAUUGAUAGCAAUGACUCAUGAAGUUGGGAUACAAGUUGGAAGGAGAAUAGGAGUAGUGCAUGAGUUGGAUGUAGACAAAGAAGGGUUGGGAUGGGGAAAGUGCCUUUGA